UUCAAAUUUCUGCUGUGCUCAUCGCGGGAAAGAGGUAGAGGUUCACACUUCACAGUUUCACACGUCAUUCGUCAGGGUCAGUUCCUGUGCCCGAGAAGGGCUUGACGAGUUCUCAAUUGUUACUCAGCGCCGGUGGACGGUGGUCGUCAUAACAUAACGGCUCUCCAAUCCAAUAGAUUUCAUCAUGGAUGUGUUUACAGUGUCAUGGGACCCUGAAGACCACAUACAAGAAUUGUGUAAAAUUUUAAAAGAUGGAGGUGUUGAUAGCGCAGAAAAGAACCUUGUUGAAUAUGUUGUGGACUCAAUUGAACCAGCUGGCUGGAGGGCUGCGUGGCGACCUGACUUCUACAGAGCUCCUCCGGGCACAUCAAAACUCAAUUAUGAUUUUCUUGGCCAGCAUGAAUAUAUAGUUGAUGUGCUGGACGUCAGUCAGGAGAAGCUGGAAGCAACAGUCGAGAUUGUGAGCUCCGUUGCGGAGUUCAUCAAAAGCUUGAAGAAUUUGUCCAGCUGUCAAAAGAAUCAACUUGAUAUGAAGCCUAAGAGCUGCCUCAUUGAAGGAGAUGAAGAGGACACUGUACGUAAAAUUAGUUCUUCUUCACCCACACAAGAGAAGAAGGUGAGAAGGUGUGAUGUGAAGCAAAGCUCUGGGAUAAUCACCGGCACUAAAGUGCAUGCAUUAUCCGAGCUCAGGAAGCAGAACGAUCUCACUAUCAAUCAUGGAACUGAGAUGGACGUUGAUGAAAUGAUGAGUGCAGGUUCAGAGAAUUCCAACGUGGAGCAAAAAUUCAUAAACAUUGAUAACUCAAAAAAGUUCAGUGAAUCACAGGAAAAACCUUUAGACAAAGCCAACAACAUAGCAUUAGCUGCUGGCACCAUCAUCAACGUUCGGGUAUGGGAGUUGACUCCGCUUGUGGAGCAGGAAAAUCACGUCCUUGAUGUGGAGACGACGGCCGAGGUGACUGCUCUUGUAAGGUUCUUUUAUAAGCACAUUUUCUAUCCAUGGGAUGCGGAAGCAGACUAUUGCUGCUACAAUGAAGCCACCAUUGCUGACCGACACUUGCUGUACCGGGAGCUGCAAGGCGAGGUGCCCGGGAUCCCCACGGCCGUGGCUGCACAGAUGCACAGAGACGUCAGGGACGCUUGGCUUGCCCUAUCCGCCAUUGAUAAGUUGGAGGCAGCAUGCGGGGUGCGGCGUGAUGGCUGCGAGGUUGAUGCUGGCGACGUACAGCAGCUCAGCAAACUGCAUAGCAAACUGCAGGCUCUUCGUGAACACUUCGAGAAACUCAGAGACCCCGUUAUGAGGGAGUUAUGCAUGCAGCGCGGCACGGAGCUCAGUCAGACCCACAACAGCUCGGGCUACGACAGCUCCAGCGCCGUCCUUUGUGGCGCUGCUAACAACGUGUGGCUGGUGGGCCGCUGCAGCUCCAUGAAGCAGCUGCAACAGCUCAUGCAACGUCUGCCAGACCUCGUCUCGAAGUUGUACCCUCAGUGCACGGAGUGGAACGUGUUGCUGGAGAGCUUCUUGCAGCCUGCACUGGACCACUGCAGUGGAGGCGACCUGCUCCUGCUCCUGCCCGGUCAUCACCUGCUGCAGAGUCUGGGGCCUCUUGCCGUCGCAGGGGGCGCCAUUCAUGGGAUUGGCGAUGGCGUGAUCAUCGGGAGCGGCGUGGGCGCUGGUGACGUCAUGAUGCACGUCGGCAUCAUCGACAGCAAACUCAAGACUGCACCAGAAGCACCGGACUUGUGUUUGAGGAACGUUACGCUGAGGCCUUUAGCCCACCAGACAGCACUGCUCGUCCACAGCUGUACGGUGCUUCUCGACAAUUGUUUUGUGCAAGGCUGCCGCGGAGGCGUGAUUGUCGCUUCAGAAUCCAGUACUGCAGACAGUGAAAACGAAAGAAAGAAGCGCGUGGGCGUGUGCAAGGUACAGGGCGGCAGCCUGGGCCCCUGUGAAGAUGUGGGCGCCGACGUGAGGGAGGACGCUCUGCUGCACCUCACCCACACCGCCGUCAGCAGCUGCCUUGUGGCUCUCCGCCUACACGCGCGAGCUAAGGUGUCGCUGUCACACGUGCAUCUGUCAGACAACGCGACGUGCGCCGUUGAACUUCGGGACGCACGCGACCUGCCUCGCCCUGACCAGAUCCUGACGUCUAAGGGCGGCCGCAGCCUUCACGCUCUCGACCAACAACACUUAUCUCAAGUGUGCGACGUCUACGAGGAGGUGACGUUUUCUAACAAUUUCUGCGAUGUCGCCGCAGAAGCGGACACUCUCGAUGUCUCAGGUAUUGGCCUUAUGGAGUCCUGAGGAGUUCUACAACCUGUUCUUUGUUGCCGAGUUUUAAGUUCAACACACGGGAGAAAUCACUGGCUCUUUAUGCAUGAAAAUGUCAAUUUUUUAACCCCUGUUCGCUUUGUAUUAUCUCAAAUAAACGUUGUUUUUAUCGUGUUUUGGCAUGUAAAAAAUUUUUGUCUGGUGAGCUGGAGGAUCUCAGAAAGAAAUAACUAGCUGUUUCCUUGACUCAUUUUAGUUGUGACCGUUGCUGGGAAAAUUUUAUUACUAGAAGUUGAAGUUGUAUGGUGAAAUAAUAUUCA